AUGGCGCUGGACUUUGACAGCAGCGACCAGUACGCGCUCACGCUCCUCACCGGCAACGGUAGCGACGACCAGUACGACGGCUCGGCGAGCGGCAACAACAGCCUCGCGACGCGGCCGUACGCGAAGAACGCGGCCGGCGUGGACAAUGAACACAUGCGGACGGAGAUCGUGCACCUCGAGAACGUCCUGGCCAGUCGCAUUGCGGCCCGGGCCAAUCAGGACAAGUCGGAGCUGCCGCUCGAGCGCUCGAGCAAAAUUGAAAAGUACGUCGAAGUGAUGGAGCUGACCAAGUGCCUGCGCCGUCAGAAGGAGUUUUUGCUGAGCGAGAACCGCAAGCGGCAGCGCUUUGCCGAGAAGAUCCAGCAGGCUAUGCCGCCGUCUACUGAUAGCAUUCAGUUUAUGAAGAACGUCAAGUACCCGCCGGAUGAAGAGCUGGAGAAGACGUCUCGGGAGGCGUUUAUGGAGAUGAUGGAGUAUCAGGUGAGUGGAAAAGCUAGCACGUACAUGGACUGGCAGACGAAACGCGAGUCCAAGUCCAUGUACAUGCACACGUUCUCGGCAAAGACGUUUGUCGGGGAAGACAUGGCGCGCAUCUUCAAUGAGACGUGGGCGAUGUUUUUUGACGAAGCUCAGCAAGAACAGCUGCACCGACGACGAAGCAAGUUUUGCAUUCUGAAAAAGCUGAACGACAACAUGUACUUGACGCGCAACAUUCAUCAGUUUAUUGGCGAGAGCUUCCCGCGCCACGCAAUGACGCUCGUGUGUCGCAUAUCGAUCGACAAGGACGCCUUUGCCAUCAUCAGCAAGUCGGUGGUACCGCCCACGAACGAUGCACAACACUUGGUGUGGACCGAUGAGUGUUUUAUGUGGAAGUUUGUGCGACGCAUGGAUGCACAGGGUGGAUUCGACAUCUCGAUUCGCGGCAAGUACGGCAGCACGUCGGCUGUGGCAGGCAACCGCUUGCCCAUGCUUGAAUCUUACUUCCAGCUAGUGGACUGGGAGUCGUUGGUUAUUCGCCCCAUGUUCGAUUUCACGACAGCAUAG